CUCACUUUUUUUGAAACUAACCUAUUUUCAGCUGACCAGUGUUUUUCUUUUUAUAUUAUUAUGUUUUAAUUCUUAAAAAAAGAUGCCAGAAAUGCAAACUAUGAAUAAGGAUCUUUUUGGUGAUUCCUCGGUAUACCAGAAACCCAUUAAAGAAAUCGAGGAAAAAUGGAAACUCGUGCCCGCGUUCCUUAAAGUUAAGGGUCUCGUUAAGCAACACAUCGACUCCUUUAAUUAUUUCAUAAAUGUAGAAAUCAAGAAAAUCGUCGAGGCCAAUAAUAGGGUUACUUGCGAUGCUGACCCACUGUUCUAUAUCAAAUACACCAAUGUUCAUGUAGGCACCCCGGAUGUUGACGAAGGAUUUAACAUAAGCAAAGCAACUACACCCCAUGAAUGCCGAUUAAGAGACAUGACUUAUUCGGCCCCAAUAUCCGUUGAUAUUGAAUACACCAGGGGCACUCAGAGAGUUGCUAAAACCGGCCUACUGAUUGGAAGGAUGCCAAUAAUGUUGAAAUCUUCCAAUUGUGUACUGAGUAACAAGUCAGAAUUCGAGCUGGCCAAAAUGAACGAGUGCCCAUUAGAUCCCGGAGGUUAUUUUGUGGUAAAGGGCCAAGAAAAAGUGAUUUUGAUCCAGGAACAAUUGUCAAAAAACCGGAUGCUUGUCGAGGUGGGCAAGUGGGGAAUCCAGUGUCAAGUAACCAGUUCGACCCAUGAAAAAAAGUCUAGGACUUUGGUGUUUGUUAAGGGGAAUAAAUAUUUUAUGGGCCAUAAUAGUUUUACUGAUCCAAUUCCAGUAGCAAUAGUGUUUAAGGCAAUGGACAUAGUAAGUGAUAAAGAGAUCUGUGAACUAAUUGGGAUACCUGAUAUUCAUAAAAUCACCCCCACACUGGAGGAAUGCCACAAAUUGAAGAUUUAUACACAAGAGGCCGCCCUCAAGUAUUUGGGGAGUAAAUUAGUAGCAAAAAGGUAUGCCACGUCAGCAUCUAAGGUGAAAACCCCUACAGAUGAAGCAAGGGACUUAUUAGCCACCACUGUGCUGGCCCAUGUCCCUGUAGAAGAGUUCGAGUUUCGUUUUAAAGCGGUUUAUUUAGGUUUAAUGAUUAAGCGAGUGAUUCAAGCCCAAUCAAAUAACCAGUUCCUGGACGAUAGGGACUAUUACGGUAAUAAAAGGAUGGAGUUGGCGGGAUCCCUAAUAUCCCUCAUGUUCGAAGACGUAUUCAAGCGAUUCAACUUUGAAUUGAAAUCCAUCGCCGAAAAAACGAUACCGAAAAUCAGAGCAACCCAGUUCGAUGUGGUCAAGUAUAUGAGAUCCGAGCUGAUCACUAAUUGUCUGGUUUUCGCUAUUUCAACUGGAAAUUGGACUAUAAAACGUUUUAGAAUGGAACGCCUUGGGGUUACGCAAGUUCUGUCAAGACUCAGUUAUAUUUCGGCGUUGGGCAUGAUGACCAGGGUGAAUUCGCAGUUUGAAUCGACGAGGAAAGUGUCGGGACCGAGAAGUUUACAGCCGAGUCAGUGGGGGAUGCUUUGUCCUAGCGAUACGCCAGAGGGAGAGGCUUGCGGUCUGGUGAAAAAUUUGGCACUGAUGACCCAUAUAACGACCGACAUCGACGAAUAUCCGCUCGUGAGACUCGCGAGGAAUUCCGGUAUGCAAGACAUCGGUAUGGUGGCCAGCAUCGCUAUACACUCGCCCAAAGCUUUUAUCGUAUUUUUAAAUGGUAAUAUAAUCGGUGUGACGACAAACUUCCAGAAACUGAUAGCGGUAUUCCGUUUGAUGCGACGCAAAGGCAAAAUCUCGUAUUACGUGUCGAUUUAUCCGAGUUUUUUGCACAAGUGCAUCUACAUCAGUUCGGACGGCGGUAGACUCUGUAGACCGUAUAUCAUUGUAGAGCAAGGACGACCGUUGGUUAGUCAACACCACAUCAACGAAUUGGAAAAAGGAAUAAGGAGCUUUGAGGAUUUUUUACAUGACGGUUUGAUCGAGUUUCUGGAUGUAAACGAGGAAAAUGACAGUUUUAUAGCAUGUUACGAGAAGGAUAUCGUUGCUAACACGACCCAUUUGGAAAUAGCUCCUUUUACUUUAUUGGGGGUGUGUGCCGGAUUGGUACCUUACCCGCAUCAUAAUCAAAGUCCUAGAAAUACUUACCAGUGUGCCAUGGGUAAACAGGCCAUGGGUACUAUCGGCUACAACCAAAGAAACCGCAUGGACACCCUCCUCUACAACUUGGUUUACCCCCAAGCGCCGAUGUGCAAAACGAAAUCGAUCGAAUUGUCGAACUUCGAUAAAUUACCGGCCGGCCAGAACGCCACGAUUGCCGUAAUGAGUUACAGCGGCUACGACAUCGAAGACGCGUUAAUUUUAAAUAAGGCGUCGAUCGAUCGAGGAUUCGGCCGAUGUUUGGUUUAUAAGAAUUCGAAAUGUAUCAUGAAACGGUACCCGAACCAGACGUUCGACCGGAUCCAGGGCCCGUUGAUCGACACGCAGACCAAUCAGCCGAUGUGGAGGCACAAGUGUUUGGAUAACGACGGGAUCGCGAGUCCCGGGGAAUCGGUCGAGAAUAAACAGAUCCUGGUAAAUAAGUCAGUGCCGUCGGUGUCAGUGGUACCGGGCACCACCCCAAACAACGCGGUCGAAUACAAAGACACCCCCUUAUCCUACAGGAACACCGAGGCAAGUUUCAUCGAAAAAGUCCUGAUAAGCACCAACGAGGAGGACACCACUUUAAUUAAAUUACUGCUAAGGCAAACUAGGAGGCCCGAAAUUGGAGACAAAUUUAGUUCCAGACACGGACAAAAAGGAGUGGUGGGUUUAAUAGUGGAACAAGAAGACAUGCCGUUCAACGAAUACGGCAUUUGCCCGGACAUUAUUAUGAACCCUCACGGUUAUCCGUCUCGUAUGACCGUCGGGAAACUGUUGGAGUUACUUUCCGGAAAGGCUGGAACCGUUGAGGGUAAAUUUCAUUAUGGUACAGCUUUCGGGGGCUCAAAGGUGCAAGAUGUGGGCGAGGAACUGUCGAAUCACGGCUUUAACUAUCAGGGUAAAGACGUCUUUUAUUCCGGUAUCACCGGGGAACCGUUGGAGGCCUACAUUUAUUCGGGCCCGGUGUAUUAUCAGAAGUUGAAGCAUAUGGUGCAAGAUAAAAUACACGCCAGAGCGAGAGGUCCAAGGGCCGUACUGACCAGGCAACCGACAGAGGGCCGAAGUCGAGAUGGCGGUUUACGUUUGGGCGAAAUGGAGAGGGAUUGUUUGAUCGGUUAUGGAGCAAGUAUGAUGUUAGUGGAACGUCUGAUGGUAUCGUCGGAUCAAUGCGAGGUCGACGUAUGCAACCAGUGCGGCAGAUUGGGCUACUGCGGCUGGUGUAACAGUUGCAAAAGUUCCGGACAAGUCUCCACGAUUACCAUGCCCUAUGCUUGUAAAUUGUUACUAACCGAAUUGCAAGCGAUGAAUAUUACCGCGAGGUUAACUUUAAGUCAUUAUUGUAAAUAAGUCUAGUAACCGACUUUGAGAAGGGUCAUUUAGGUGUAAGACUAUUUUGUUGUUAAUAAAUGUUACAUCUGUAGGAUUAAGAAAAAGCUGAUUAAAUGAUUGGAGGAUAA